AUGGCCGAGAAGCGCAAGCGCGACGGGCACGGCGAGGGCGGCAAGGCCAAGCGCAGCAAGUCCAUCAAGAAGGCCACCGCCGAGGACUUCAUCGACGUCCCCGCCGACUUUGACGAAGUCGACACACCCGCCAAGAAGGAUAAGAAGGAAAAGAAGGACAAGAAAGAGAAGAAGGACAAGAAAGAGAAGAAGGACAAGAAAGAGAAGAAGGAGAAAAAGGAGAAGAAGGAAAAGAAGGACAAGGCCGCCGAAGACGACGAGAGCCCCGCGUCAGAACCCCUCGUGACAGCCGACGCCGACGAGACACAGACCGCCAGCAAAAAGGCCAAGAAGAGCAAGAAGGCCGCCGAACCCACCACGGCCGACACGACAGAGGCACCAGCCCCCGCCGGAGCCGCUGCCGAGCCGCAGACCAACGGCAAGAAGAGCAAGAGCAAGAAGAAGAACGACGACAAGACCAACGGCACCGACGAGGCCAGUGGCGCGCAGCCCGACCAGAGCAAAGGCAAGGCCGGCCGCCACAUCGUCUUCGUCGGCAACCUCCCCUACACGGCCACGGACAAGACAAUCUACCAGCACUUUGCCCACCUCAAGCCCUCGUCCGUCCGCUGUCUCACCAAGGACCGCGUCGAGAAUACGUGCCGCGGCUUCGCCUUUGUCGAAUUCUCCAACAGCACGCAUAUGCGCACCUGCCUGGACAAGAUGCACCACACGCUGUUUGACGACGGCCUGUCGCCCGCGAGGAAGAUCAACGUGCUUUUGACCGCUGGCGGCGGUGGUGCGAAAUCCGACAAUCGCAAGGAGAAGAUUAAGGCGCGCAACAUUCAGCUGGACGAGAACCGCGCAAAGCGCAUCCACAAGGAGAACGAGGCAAAGAAGGGCAAUGCGGCUACCGGAUCGACUGCGGAAGAGAGCGGCAUCCACCCCAGUCGCCUGGCCAUGCUUUCUUGA